AAGACAGAAAGUCCGUUGGAACUGUCUGCUGCUCCCUGGUCUCUGGAGAUGAGGCAGGAGGGCUUGGGGACAGCUGUGGGGACACGGCCCAGCUGAUCUGGUCCCGGCAGAAGAGACUGGCGGGGACCAGGAUGCUGGAGGGUCAGCUUGAGGCCGAGGAGCCCAAGGAAGGCACCCACCCGGAGGACCCGUGCCCGGGAGCUAUGGCUGCCAUGGAGAAGACAGCUGUGGCCGCCGAGGUCCCCAGGGAGGACAGCAAUGCCGGGGAGAUACCGUCAUUACAGCAGCAGAUCACCAGACUCCACCAAGAGCUUGGGAGACAGGAGUCGCUGUGGGCUGAUGUUCACAGAAAACUCCAGAGUCAUAUAGAUGCCUUGAGGAAGCAGAACCUGGAGCUCCGAGAAGAGCUGAGAGGUCUGCAGCGGCAGCAGUGGGAAGCCAGGAAGAAACCUGCAGCAUCCCCACACGUGGGGCAAGAAUCACACACUCCGGCAUUGGAAACUGCUUUUGGAAAAAAUUCACCUCUGUCAGUUGAUGAAGAGACAAUGCCCAAAUAUGCUAGCCGCAAGAGUCAGAGUGCCACUCUCCUGGGACAAAGAUCGUCAUCUAACAACUUAGCUCCUCCAAAGCCAAUGAGUUUAAAGACAGAAAGAAUUAACUCGGGGAAAACACCACCACAGGAAGGUAGAGAGAAAAGUCCUCCCGGGAGACGUCAAGACAGAAGUCCAGCACCCACUGGAAGGCCGACUCCCGGUGCAGAAAGACGGGGGGUGUCUGAAGACGGAAAGGUUAUGCAUCCAUCUUCCCGAAGUCUGCAAAACUCCAGUGGCAGAAAAUCACCAGUGCAGGCUUCCCAGGCCGCCACGCUGCAGGAGCAGACAGCAGCAGCCAGAGGAGCUGACAGAAGCUCAUCAGUCUUAGAGAGUUCUGAAGGCGGAUUUCUCAGCCAUGUUCAACCUGACGAGUUGGCCGGUUCUUCCUCAAACAUUGCAGAGCUGCAGGUAGAACGGGCACUGAGCGAAGGUUGUGCUAUCACCACCUUCCCCGACGCCAGCCAGAAGGAGCUGAGCACAGAUAAGAAGGUGACCAUCAUCCAAUUCUCUAACGGCGACGUGAAGAAGAUCAAACCCGAUCAGAGAGUGAUUUACUAUCAUGCAAAUGCUCAGACGAUGCGCACGACCUACGCUGAUGGUUUGGAAGUUGUGCAGUUUCCUAACAAGCAGACAGAAAAGUUCUACCCCAAUGGCUCUAAAGAAAUCGUGUUUCCCGACGGGACAGUGAAACGUCUCAAGGAUGGACAGGAAGAGACCUUAUUUCCUGAUGGAACAAUCGUAAGGGUGGAAAGGAAUGGCGACAAAACAUUGUGCUCAGCAAUGGGCACAAAGAAAUCCACACAGCCCAGUUCAAGAGGAGGGAGUACCCGGGUGGCACCAUCAAGACUGUAUUGCAGCGGCUGUCAGGAAACCAAGUAUGCCUCCGGGAGGGUUAAGAUCAAAGAUGAAGCUGGAAACGUCGUCCUGGACGAGAAGCAGAUGAGCCCUCAAUACGCAGUGUCACAUGGGAAAUGUCAGUUGUAGUUUUUUGCUAAAACGGACAAAAACUAAUAACAUAUUAGCUGCCCUAAAUGAUCUUGGAGAGCCACCAAAACUUUAGGACUACCCAAGUCAUCUAGAAAUUGCAAAGGAAAAGACAUUCUCUCCUCUAUUUAGGAAACUUGGUUAGAGCAGCACCCGUCAGAGAACAGGAGGCUCACAGAAGAACGAUUUCCAGUGCCCCCAGCAAGGCUGCACCCUCUCUGAUCAUCACAGGGGCCAUUUCUGCCUUGUGAUGGACCCAGGAGGUCUCUGCAGAGCAAGUGCCGUUGGACCAGCUGAUUCACAAAGCGCUGAGCCCCUCUUCCCUGUGUGGUCACCCCAGGCGCGGCUCAUUCCUCCAGAAUUACAGAAGCUCAGCCUGGCCGGGUCCCCUCUGGUCACCGACACCCCUGUCCUCGCUGGGACAAGAGGGAGACAAUUCUAGUCACUCCAAGGACACCCAAGGGGCGUCCGAGUCAGGGCUCCAAUAGUGCAGUUAUCAUGGCCUCUCGCGGCCCGGGCAGCAUGUUACCUCCUGAAACUCGAGAUUUUUUUAAUCCCAAUAUAAAAAUGAUAACCAGUUACUUACUUCUUUUGUUGUUUUGCAGGCCACCUAGAAAUAUAAAAGCAGAUUGGCAUUCACCUAAUUUUUAUACUGAAAUGUAGAUGCCCCCAAACAUGAUUUUGGAAAGAGAUAAUUUCUUGAAAAUCUUAUCAGAAGAUGCAUAGUUAUUUAAUCUUUUUCCAGUAUGCACUCAUGUUUUUAUGAAAUAAAAUACCAUAUUUUAGUGCCAGGGAUUAUUUCAACCUUAAAAUUGUGCAUGCAUCAUUGUAGUCCUUAAUAUUUGGUAAUGCUAUUUAAAGUAACUCAAGAAGUAUGUGCUAUCUGGCUUUGAAGGAAAAAAAGGAAUUCUACUACGAUUACAGUGGAUGGAAGCCUUUUCAGAUGAAUGCUAAAGGAAUGCAAGGCUGUUUGUCAGGCAUAACUGGCAAAACAAAUCCAUUACUAAAAAUCUACUUUGGAUUUGGCUGAAAGAAUGAACUUGCCUAUUGCUUUGAUUAUUUUGAAUCAGCUUAUACUAAGAAUUGUCAGUGAAGCAAACAAAAUGAUACACGGCUGUACUGAAAAAAUGCACUUCUCAUUAUCUGGGGGAGAUCGGGGAAGAAACAAACAUGCAACUUUAUCAGGAAGCCGUGCUCAGGCAUCAGAUCACCUGCCUGACUGGAAGUUUUCAUUAAAUAUCAUCUGCAGUACACUCUCCAAUAGUGAUGGGUGUAAAAUCUGUCAUCCAAAUAAGACUAAUUCAGUGUGCGCAUUCGGCGGGAAGCCCUUCGUGGAAUAUACAUUCUGCAAUAUUGGAAAUCAGUACAAGCUUAUUAAAACAACAUUUCAUACUGAUUUACAAAAAGCCAGAAUUUACUUUUAGUUCUUAACAAUCUCCUGAAGGCUUCUCAUUAGAUGUACAAUCUGAUUAUAUUUAUUACAUUAAUAUUGAGGAGAGGGUCUCUAUCCACCUAUUUGCAAACGUUUAUUUGAAAAUUGUACACAAGCAUGUUUACUUGGUCAAAAAGGUAGCAUUAAGACAAUCAUAAAACAACGGAGUAUAAAGGGCUGGAAGAUGGGGUGAGUCACACCCAUCUGAGCCACUGUCUACUGCCACCUUGGAAAAAAACCCUCAGCUGUCCCCCACUUCCUUUUCCCUAAGUAGAUGACACUUCAUCCCCUGCAUGGCUCAGGGAUGCUGUGGGGAUGGAUGAGAAGGGACCAGGACAGAGUUGUCCCGUCCAUUCCACCCAGGUGCUGCUCCUGAAGGGAGUCUCGGGUGGGGCCCUCCUCUCUCUGCGCGUGGAGUCCUGUGGGGCUUCAUGUUUUCCUAAGGAGCACAGGUGCCUCUCAGAGCUUGGGACCCCAAGUUUCAUGGCCAUCAGGCACAGCCCCUCCCGCCCCUUCUCUCCUGCUCCUCACGGCCGACAUCAAGCAGAAGGCCCUCCUUUAGGUCAAUCCUGCUUCCUCCGACUCAUCGUUUCUUCUGCAAACCUUCUUUGGCUCACCCUGUCCCACCCCCAGGCUAAGGCCCCCAAGUGCUCCCUGAACCCUGCACCCCUCGGGUCCUCCUCACACUGUAUCCCAAUGACCUGGAGACCUGCCCUUCCCCAUCUAGAGAACACAUUGAAGAUGGAGCUCAGUCACCUUCACCUUCUCUCCCCAGCAGCUAGAGUGGAGAGUGGAGCCUCAAAGGCUCUGGAGCAAACGAGGAGGUGAGAACAUGGAGAGGGGCCUGGUGAACUCUGAUUAUUGGUGUUAAAGUGAAAGGGAUUUCAACAUGGAGGCUGACGCCCAAAAAUGAGGACUCUGUUUGAUGCUCAGUUUAUCAAAUUCACCUUUGAAACAACCUUUGCUUGAGCACUUAAAGAUUGAUUCUAAUUAAAUUUUCUUAACGAA